ACUGAUUUGUUUAAGGAUUUGAGGAUCAGGUGUAGUACUAGGGGAUAUAACAGAGAUGACUCGUUGCCACAUGAGUAUUACUGAUCCUAUUGAUGCCAUAGUGGCACGUGGAUCAGUAUUCCCGUGUUCUCCAGGAGUGUCCCUUCACAAUGCUCCCCUCCCAUACGACCAUGUCAAAGUAUCUGUGGAUGUGGUGCUUGAUGGUAUGGGGGACUAUCCUAUACCGACUCCGACGGAUGAGCACACCACUGUUUCUUCGACUUUGGGGAGCAUGUGUGCCUGGCCAAAAGCCUUGGUUCACCUUGGAGAUCCUCCAUUAGGGUCUCCUGUCCUACCUACCUUGAGGGGCAUAGGAUCUUCUACUAAAGGAUUCUCCCGUGUAUCAGCGUACUCGGAGGAUUCUCCCCACCUUAGUCAUCAUUCCUCGCAGCAACUCGACUCUCAUCAUUCAUUUAGUCAACAUUCCUCACAGCAGCCUCAUACUCAUACUGAGCCUCCCUUCCAGCGUGCCGUUGAACCCGGGCUCUAUGCGACUUUAGGUCCAAGGUGUAGGGAUUUGUGCCACUGGUUGACACGAAUGGAGGACCUCACAAACAUUGAGAUCUUGAUAGAACCUUGGGCACUAGGCUAUGCAGAGGAGAGGGUGUUCAACAUUAAUCCUGAAAACAUCAAGGAGUUCUUGCGAUGGGAUAUGAUCGAUAAUAGCAUCGUCGAGAUCUUUAUGAGACACUUGUAUGGCUACAUGAGGACCCACGACAUUCAGAAUGUCGGGUUAGUGUGUCCGGACGACCUCCAGCAUAUGAGAACACAUCAUACAUUGAUAGUAAUACGUUAUUAUGAAAAUAAAGUGUAUUACUUCAACUCAGCGUUGGGGACGGGGACUUCCAAGAAUCUUACACUGAAGAGUUACAUAAACGAAUCUUGGAUGAUCCUUCGAGUACAGGGGAUGGGUUUUCUUAAACAGAAACCCACGUGGACUGAUGUCGGUAUCGUACCACAACAACCCGGUGGAACAGAGUGUGGGUAUUAUGUCAUGAGGUUUAUGUGGCUAAUCAUCAGUCGUGCCCGUGAAUCCGUUCCAAUAGAAACGGUGUUCAACUCUUUUGAUCCGUAUACGAUUGAACCACUUGAUGAGUUACGAGAGAUGUGGGCAAACACCUUUCUAGAUGAGUUAGUGAAUUAGCCACUCUAUCCCUAGUGACAAACAAAUUUAGUUUAAUUUGGUAUACUAUUUAACCCGUUUUGUUAGUUGGACACAACUUUGUGUUGUAAGUAGUGUAGGAUGUUAAGUCUUUUUACAUUUUGGUGGAUGUAUACAAUGAAAUUUAAAUUGUCUU